AGUUUUAAAAGUGACUAAAUCUCAUGUAGGCAGGUAUCAAACUUUGCUGUGGAGUACUAGGCACGGUGAUUUGAGCUAUCAGAUUGUCCAGGGCAGUAGGCGCACUUGAUUUACGCACAGCUCUCCGUGUCGGCCGGGUAGGCGGAGUUUGUACCUUCAGUUCAGACAAAUGAAAUGGUUCAAAAUGGGAACACUGUCUUUUCGGCACACAGGGUUUCUGAAUCAAGUGCACGUAAAGGCAAAAGCGCAAAGUCGAAUGUAAAAAAAAUCUAGUAAUAAAGGAGCUCAAGCCUUUAUCGUCGGCUUUUCUACAGAAAUGUUUGGUGAUCGACUGGGAAUACCUAGAUGAUCGAUCGACCGGUUGGUGACCCCUAAUACAGGUUAUUGAUAUUGAGAUUCGCCCACACAUCAAACAGAACUACGCCCAUGAGGAAAUAACACGCAUGUUUAACAGGUUCCCUAUUAGACUAGUUUAAAAAGUUCGUUUUUAUUUGAUCUCAACCACAUCUAAACAUGAAUUAACAAUGCAAUUAUGAUCUCAUAGCUGUAAACAUUGGGGGUAAAAAAGAAGCUAGAGCGCUGUGAAGUUGCAGAGCAAGCAAAAGGCAGAUGAAAGACAGUCUUGAGCGAUGAAUAAUUAAUGAUAUGCUAAUGAGUUGGUCGCGUAAACUCAGUCAGGGCUGAGAAAUGAAGUAGAAGUUAGUACGCGGUCAGUCGGCCAGGGGGUCUUUACGCGCUCCUUUAGUUUAUGCUAUUUUUUGUGGACACUUCAACAUCGCAAUGUCUCCAUUGGUGUCCCCUCGGUUUUUCUCUGCGAUGGAGGUAGCCCGUCAUUGCACAAAAUACUCAUGUUGGGUAUUAUUGGGGAAGAAGGUUUAUGAUGUGACGGGAUUCCUUCGAAUUCACCCGGGUGGAGAGGCUCUGAUAUUACACAGGUCAGGGGGUGAUAUCAGCCUGGAGAUGGAGGGACCCCCGCACCGCCAUUCCGAGAACGCACGGCGCUGGAUGGAACAGUACUACAUCGGAGAGCUGGACACAGACAGUAACGCCGAUGAAACACAGACAGUGAGGGAGAGGAGGAAGGAGCACACCGUGGACGAGGAGCCUUCACCCCUCAGCAAAUGCAGUCAAGUCGACCUGGACACGGACCUGGUGGACUGGCGGAAGCCCCUGGCCUGGCAGGUGGGCCACCUUGGAGAGAAAUAUGACACCUGGGUGCACCAGCCUGUGGACCGGCCCAUUCGCCUGUUCGGGAACGAGUUUCUAGAGGCCAGCACUAAAACGUCCUGGUACAUGGUCCCUGCUGUGUGGAUGCCACUGGUGUUCUAUCUCAGCUGGUACUGCUACACCACCUUGGCACUGGAGACAACCAGACUGUUCGCCAGCACAGACUACUCCGUCUUGGUGCACAAGUACAGCUUUCCCCUCAUCUUCAUAAUGGGCAUGGUCAUGUGGACCUUCAUCGAAUAUUGCAUCCAUCGCUUCGUCUUCCACAUGCGCCCGCCCGCCCACAACUAUUACCUCAUCACAAUUCACUUCCUGCUGCACGGACAGCAUCAUAAGUCACCCUAUGAUGGCUCCCGCCUGGUCUUUCCUCCUGGCCUGGCCUCAGUGGUAGUAGGCAGCCUCUACCUGCUGCUAACCAAGUCCUUCCCUGAGACCCUGGGGGUGUCCCUGUUUGUGGGGGGGCUGUUUGGGUACGUGGUGUACGACAUGAUCCACUACUACCUUCACUACGGCUCCCCUCAGAGAAACACCUACCUGUACAGCCUCAAGGCAUACCACGUCAAGCACCACUUUGAGCACCAAAGAGCAGGGUUUGGAAUCAGCACCACAUUGUGGGACCAUCCGUUCAACACGGUGAUCCCCGAACAAACCUUUUAGAAGACCCAACUUAAUCUACUCUCCAGAGAGGGGCGACCUUCCCCCAUACCUCUUACACCUGACAACUUACCCCUUCAAUGACCCCACCCUGUGACUCCAGCAUGUCCCUCUAAACUACCACAAACCAGUCUGUCUGUCUGGCUCACUGCUUCGCUGCUACAGCGCUACUCUCCUCUCCUCUCCGAACAAAACAAAACACACUUCAUGUUCCACCUGCUAAUCAAAGCAGGAAGGUAUCUUUUCAGAACUGGGGGUGGGGGGUGGAGGGUCCGUAACGGGGAACAUGUUUAUAUUUCCUAAUUGUUUAUAAUGGACAAAAGGAUACAAUUAAGAUUGUAUAUGACUAUGAUGCAGUAAGGAUGAACUUACAUGCAGUCCCAGGUUCUAACGGUCAACAUCCCACCAGAGACCGUAGAGAGAGAGAUUGGAAAGUGAGAGAAGGAGUGUGCAUGUGGAAAGAGAGGAGAAUGAGUGAUGGUUAGGAGGGUGAAAAGUGAAAGAGAUUACACUUGUCCUUAUAGAAGCUGUCCAAGUUUAUACAUUUACAUAUACCUUUAAGAAAACUCAGGAAAGUCCCUUCUCUAUCCCUGGAGUGUUGAUGCUGCAGAAUGCCCUCCUCUAUUCUAAAGGUCAAGCGUUACUAAUGCUCUUCCCACAGAAAAACGCUUUUGACAGCAUGUGCUCACCGAAUCCAAAGAUGGUUCAUCUGUAGUGUCUUGCCUUCACUGGGACAUUUCCAUUAAAAAAUCUGUGGGAAGGUAUGAAGGGAGCUGAUUUACUCUUUCACUAUGUUCAUAUUAAUGUAUAUUUCAACAUAAUGUCUAUUUGUAUUAAUUCAUGGUAUGACUAAAUACAUAGAAAUAUGUGUGCAAACAAAGAGAUACUGUAUCUUUCCCAUUCCAUCUCUCUCAUAUACACUGGUUUGUUGUUGACAUGUCAAAUGAAGCUUCAGAAUGAGUUGAUGUUUUACUAGGUGGAGAGAGAUGGAGUCGGAUGUAUACAUCCUGAGUUUUGUGUGGAUGGAUGUAUUGAAGAGUGGCUGGAUACGUGGUGUUAUGGAUACAGAACGCUGAGGGCAUGAGACCGGUCUAUCAGGUCUCCUGCUGUAGGGAGCAGCACGUGGCUAAUGUGAUAAGGUAAAGGAUGGGGCCGAUUUAUAUUAGGACCUCACUAUAGGUGCCCGUUCACCUCCCUGCAUGUAGGGUGACGAUCUAGCAUCAGACUGAAGUGUAGGAGACCCUUGGUUCAGUUACUGGUUGAUCCUCAGCUGUUCUGACUAGUUGUUUUCAAUCCUGAUGUUUCUAUCUUCUGCAUUCCAUGUGUUUUUGUUCAUUCCCUUCUUGAUUUUCUUUACUGUUUUAAUUAACCCUUGGGUGAAGCCACUACAGAUAAACCCAAAUACUCCUACUGUUCCUCAGGAGACCAUGGAAACAGACAGGGGACUGGGGCCUCACAAAGCCCAUGUGAUUUGAACCAUUAGUUAGGUCAUGUUAGUGAUACUAUAUUGCUACAGUAAGGAAGGCUUCCGGGGGCCACAGUCUCCUAUCACCUUGAUGGGGGUGAUUUAUAAGACGAGAGUAAUUCUUCAUUGCAAAAACAUUGUGUGUAAUCCAGCAUGUACUUAACUGUAUAAAAAUUGCAGUGGGAGUGGUCUGUUUGGAACUCAGGUCAGGGUCAGGGGUCGGGGUUGGGUUGUGUUCACACUGUAUUCAGACAGAGAGCGGUCAGCAGAGGAUCAGUAAAAUAUCCAGAUUAGCAUCAAGGACUCACAUUACAGUACUGAGAUGAUGCAUGUUCAAACCAAUAUUUGUACUCAUGCUUAUGAUGACUUUUGUAUGAUGAACUUUUCACAUGACUUGAUAAAGAACCAACAAUUGUUGUGAUGUUGAUAAUGAUAAUAAUGCUGAAAAUAAGGAUGAUGUUGAUAAUGAUAAUAAUGAUGAUGUUGAUGCCCCCUCUUCCCUGCCCUCCCCUCAAGCUUAUGGUUGGGUUAAAGUAAUAAUACAUAUAUAUAUUUAUAAACAACUUGUAAACUUUAAUACUGUCAAGUGGAAAUAUCUCUGCUAAAUGAUGCAUUUAAAUAAUUUUCCAAAUCUGUUUACCAUAAUACAUAUUUUAACUUUGUCUAUGCAAAUGCAGAUAUAUCUGUAAAUAAAUGCCUGUAUAUUUCUGAUGAUCA